GGGAUGCCCUAAAUAAUGUGCGAUUCUGAAGAAAAACCCUAAACCCUUAAUAAGCCGCACGAAGGCAUUGCACCUCUUUUCUUCUUGCUCUAUAGGCAUUGAGUGAUUACUGUCUUUCUGCCGAGUUUCAAUGGCUGCUCCGAAGCUUAGCAAGGGAAGCAGUAGGGGAGUACAAAAAUCUCACCCGAAGAAGAAGCAGAAGAAGGACGAAGCUUGCUUGUCGAAAAAAGUGGAAAAAGAGAAUCUCCUCAGUGAUGCUGCUGAAAUAACUGAUGAAGAGCUCGAGCAUGAAACAUCCGAGGGAGAAGAAGAAGAGCUGGGAGGUGAAUCUGAUUCUGAUAUGUAUUCUGAAGAUGAUGCUAUGGCGGAUGAUAUUCUCGGAGGCAGCGAUGAUGAUGAAGGUUAUGAUGAUGCUGCGGAGGAGGAUUCAGAUGAAGGCUCCGAUUCUGACGUUUCUGAUAUUGAGAAGAAGGCAAGGAUUAUUGACAAAGAAAGGGAAAAGGUAGAGGAGGAAGGAGAAGCAGAAUUGCAGCUCAAUAUCAGGGAAGAAGCUGAUGAAUUUAGGUUGCCUACCAGUGAGGAACUUGAAGAAGAAACACAAAGGCCUCCUGAUCUCUCCAGUCUCCAGAGGAGGGUAAAAGAGAUUGUACGGGUGCUUUCAAAUUUGAAGUCAUUGAGGCAAGAAGGAGUCACACGUAAGGAUUAUGUUGACCAACUUCAGAGGGAUUUAGCUUCAUACUAUGGGUACAAUGAUUUCAUGAUUGAAACUUUAGUUGAGAUGUUCCCGGUUGUUGAACUUAUGGAACUUAUUGAAGCCUUUGAAAAGCCUCGACCAAUAUGUCUUCGAACAAACACUUUGAAGACUCGUAGACGGGAUUUGGCUGGUGUCCUGUUGAACAGGGGUGUCAAUUUAGAUCCACUAAGCAAAUGGUCAAAGGUUGGAUUGGUUGUAUAUGACUCACAAGUACCAAUUGGUGCAACUCCUGAGUAUAUGGCUGGUCAUUACAUGCUUCAAGGUGCAAGUUCAUUUUUGCCUGUGAUGGCUCUCGCUCCUCAGGAAAAAGAACGCAUAGUAGACAUGGCUGCUGCUCCUGGUGGCAAAACUACUUAUGUUGCUGCUCUUAUGAAAAACGGUGGUAUUGUUUAUGCAAAUGAGAUGAAGGAGUCAAGACUUAAAUCACUUGCUGCUAAUUUACAGCGCAUGGGAGUAACAAAUACCAUUGUUUGCAACUAUGAUGGUAGAGAGCUGCCCAAAGUUUUAGGUCAAAACUCAGUUGAUAGGGUGCUGUUGGAUGCACCUUGCAGUGGCACUGGGAUCAUAUCUAAGGAUGCGUCUGUGAAGACUUCUAAAACUGCUGAUGACAUACAGAAUUGUGCCCGCUUGCAGAAGGAAUUAAUCCUUGCUGCAAUUGAUAUGGUGGAUGCUAAUUCAAAAUCAGGAGGAUAUGUUGUCUAUUCAACGUGCUCCAUUAUGGUUGAUGAGGUAUGUGGUGUAUGCCGAAAGAUAAUCCUUAUGAAGUCUAUAUUGUUAACUCAUUCUUCACAAAUUUGCAAUUUGCAGAAUGAAGCAGUUAUAGACUAUGCUCUGAAGAAGAGAGAUGUGAAACUUGUCCCGUGUGGAAUUGAUUUUGGCCGUCCAGGGUUUAUUCGUUUUAGACAACACCGCUUCCACACAUCUUUAGAGAAGACACGCCGAUUCUAUCCUCAUGUCAACAACAUGGAUGGGUUUUUUGUUGCAAAGUUGAAGAAAAUGAGUAAUUCUAAGCGAACUCAGACACCCGGUGAAGCAUCAGAAGAAACAGAAGGUAAUGAGUUGAUUGACAACACCGAGCAGAAUGCCAAAGGGGACACUGAGAAACACUUGGAUAAAGAGGGUGAUGGAAAAAUGAAGUAUAGUUCCACCGAAGAAGUAAAAGUAAAAGGCCAAAGCACUACGAAAAAGAGGAAGAGACCUGAUCAGAAACAUUCACUGAAGAACUUUGAUGGAAAAGAAAAUGGAAAGUUAAAAGCCAGUUCAACUGUUAACCGGAAAGUAGACAAUCAAAUGGCUAAAAAAGGGAGGAAGGAAAGGGCGAAGCCUCCAUCUAGAGAGGAAAUUACGAAAUCCAGGGAAGAGAAGAGGCAAGCUCAGAGAGAGGCAAAGAGAAAAGCCGCCACAGAAAGGAAAGUUAAAAACAGCAAAGGAAGCAAAGCUUGAAAUGACUCGAUAGGCGUAAGGUAGGAUAACCAAGUCUGGUUGGUAGGAUGUUGUGGAUUAAUCGUUUAUUCAAAAGCAUUAUUUGUUAGAUGUGCUACUGGGCUGCCAGUAAUAUGUUAGUUUUAAGUUAUUUAAACUUCCAAAUUCUGUUGGUGGCCAAUGAAAUUCAGAAGAAGCAAAAAUACAGAUGCCUGAGAGGUGACUAUUUUGAUGCAAAAAACCAGUUGAUUCCUCUGCCAUUCUUGGCUUUGCAGGAAUGCAAAAAAUUUUGUGUUAUUGAUUUUAUAUAUGUAAUUUUAAUACAUAAAACAAGUUCAGUACAAGUGAUAUGUAUGAGAGAUGGGGAAGUUUAUCAUACUCCAAUGGAUAUAUUUCUAAAUUUUUAUAUAUUUCAAAUGACGAUGUUAGUUUUGAUGUAAA